GCAUCUUGCGUUCACACUUCUUGCUUAGUUCCACGUUCUACAUCGCUUCCACGCAUAAACGCUGCCUUCCUAGUUGCAGUCGUGGUUAGAAGCUGCUCCCUUCGCGCGAUUAUGAUCUGUCAACCCAGCCUCAGCCUCACGCCACGGCAUAGCGGCAGGCUGCAGCCCCCGCUCUCGGUGUUCGAGUGACAGCCUGCUCUGGUCACCAGCUUUCUUCACUGCAGCUUGUCGCGGCUCUGUCCUUUCCUGUUACUCAGUCAACCAAUUCCUUCCUCUACUUGCACUUACGGAACUCGACAGCUCAAACUCGCAUGCUCAAUAUGACCGAGACGCUGUGCGCGAUCGAUACCUUCAGCCUUCCUGGAGGCUACGAGAUCUCCCUCUACUACUCGCGCAUACAAACGUACACUGGACUUGAUGCGACUAUUAUGCACUACAAGCGAUGAAAGGCCUAAAUGGUCCAAAGACUAUAUUGGUAACGAGGAGAUUCCUAACUAUACGAUCCUCUCAAAUACCUGGAAGGACGGGCAGGAGGUGACCUUCGACGAUUUGAAUGAGGGAUAUCGGAAGCUUCGCUUUUGCGCACACCAGGCUAAGCGGGAUGGUCUGGACUACUUUUGGGUCAUCACCUGCUGCAUCGACAAGUCAAACAGCUCCGAGCUUCAAGAAGCAAUCAACUCCAUAUUCCGCUGGUAUCAGCACGCAGCGAGGUGUUACGUCUACCUUCCGGACGUUGAGCAGAACACUCUGGAUGAAGAUGGCGAGUCAGCCUUCAAGAGAAGCAGGUGGUUUACCCGAAGCUGGACGCUCCAGGAACUUCUGGCUCCAAAAUCGGUUGAGUUCUUCUCUAGUAAGGGAGUGCGACUGGGCGACAAGGAGUCGCUCAGACACACCAUUCACAAGAUUACAGGAAUACCUGUUGACGCUCUCCAAGGAAGCCGGUUGUCCGAGUUCACCACGACACGCGAAGAAGAUGGAGCUUACUGUCUCUUAGGCAUCUUUGGCAUCUACAUGUCACUUAUAUAUGGCGAAGGUAAAGACAAUGCAAUCAAAAGGCUGCAGAAGCAGCUUUCGGCGCCUGACCCGUCCACAAACUACCACAAAGCGCACAAGCAGCGGCAGGCUGAGACUGGACUCUGGCUGCUAGAGGACAAGUAG